AUGAUUGUCUUGUCUGCUACUUGCUACAAACUAUGUGACAACCUUCUUGCUUGCUACACUUUCUUGCUUCUUGCUACUUGCUUUCUUUUCUUCUUUCUUCUUGCUUUCUUGCUUUCUUGCUUACCGAAUCUUGCUAACAUACAACAACUUUCUGCUGUUGCGUCUUUCUUCUCCACCUGCUUGCUAUCUUUGGGAUCACACUAUCACAACCAGACUGUCAACACCACUGUGAGCCAUCAACACCACAGCAGAAACAGGAACACACCACAGUCGAGAACCACCCUGCCCUGCAGCCAAGGGCUGCUCCUCCUUUCUCUACACCGACUCUCAAACCUGCAGCUUCAACCCGCUCUGAUACCAAAUGUUGGUUCAGGCCCUGUUGGUUCAGGCCCUGUUUCACACAAUUUGCAGUUACAGAUUCUGCUCUUUCAGCUCACAAUCGGCACAAGAAUUGGGUUCUCUGUGUUGCAAUGGUGGGAAUUAGAAAACAGUUGA